AUGGUGUGCAUCGAUUUGGAAGAUGGUGUGCUUCUACGAGCGCGUGAAAAGGAGACGGUGGAGAGUUGGUCUUGUGAUUCCAAAGAAGUCAAGGAACACGUCAUAACAAAUAUUGGAAUAUUUGUAAGAUGCUAUUUUUCUAUUGGAGGGCGCAGUCAGAUUCGUUUAGAUUUCGGUUUCGUGCAAAAUCCGGUUUGUGCGAAAAUCGUGCAGAUUCAGAUCCGUGCAAGUUUCGGGUCUAAUCCGGUUUGUGUGAAAGUUGAGGCCAAGUCAAAGGAAGAUGAAGAUAAUUCUGCCAAAAGCCCAUGUGAUGAAAACCCUACUGAAGAUUCGAGGACGAAUCUUUCUUGGCCGGCGAGACCUGAUGCAGCGUGA